CAACAGAACAGCGGGCCAAGCUUCAGAAGAUGCCCAAAGAUUACAACUUGCCGAUCCUGCCCCACUUUCCUACACAGAAUGGCAUCAAACCUAACACAAUAACACAAGCACCAAAAUAGUCUCCCCAAAAAAGAGCUCCUCUCUCUUCCUGUCCCACCUAAAGAUCCAACAUUUUUGCAUACAUGGCCAAGAACGUAACAAGGAACAGAAAAAAAAAUCACCUCAGUGAAGACGGCGAUGGAGAAGAUCAGCCGCAAGAAGACGCCGGGGAUAGGAAGAAGGAGAAGAGGAAGCACACGCCGUCGCCGCCGCCGCCGUCGCCGCCGUCGCCGUCGCUUCUACAUCGCCCGCUGCUCCGCCACCUGCCUGGGUUCAUGAAGCAGCGGAGGGUGAAGGAAAAAGAAAUGAAAAAGAAAAAGAAUGGUGGAUGCGGUAAUCACACUCGCACCACCAUGACCGUGAGCAGCAUGAGCAGCAAGAUUUUCGCCUUGUGGGGGAUCGUGCUGACUAGUCCCUCGGAGAGAGCUUCUUCGGAUGCCAACCUGACUGACGAUCUCUAUAACCAGACUCUCCAUUUGGCCUUUUGCCGCGGACCAUAGAAAAGAGAUUGUCGGGUAAAAAAGUCGCUGAUGGUGACACACGAGGUUUGGGGGGAUAUUGGAGAGCGAUUGUGGUAUAGGUUAGUGAAUGGUGGUGAUGAAGGUUGGAGAAUGACUACGAUGAGAUUGGACAACAAUGACGACAAAGGUUGGAUAGUUGGCAUUGACUAUCACUAGGUCGAGAAGAAGUUGGGUGAGCGGAGAGGUGGCAAUAAUGUCGAUGUCCUCUUCUCCAUACUUGAGCCACGUUGUGGUGCCUCAAACGAGCAACGACCACAUGGUGCAAUAGUUUCGAGCGAGCACACUGAAUGAUCAUUGUAUAGCGGCAUUAGGCAACAAAUGUAGAGGCUGUGGAGGGUGGUUGAAGAGAGAGAUUUGAUAGAAGUCAUGUUUGGCAAAACUAUAUGGCUCGCUUCAGCUUGUUGAUCACUCUAGCAAGUGAGAGAAGUAGCUUGAGAAGUUAGAUGACAAGUAAACCUGUUUGGCAAGUUUGUUAGAGUUUUUUUUCUUAAGUGUACCAAAUUUCACAAUGGAAAGGCUGCUGUACUUGCUCUUGAAAAGGAGAAAGAAAUAGGAGGAAAUUUAUGCAAACUAAACAAAAAUAAAAUAAACUAGAUAAGUAGU